AUGAACGGUUUAUUGUCUCAGAAAAAUAAUAUGACUAAUUUAUAUAAAUUACGUGUCAUACAACAAAAGCUUAAUGAUAUCGAAAUCAAAGAAUUAGUAAAUAAAUCUAAAAUGAAUAAUUAUACAAAUUCGCAGAUGACUUCGUCUGGAAUUCCUGGUGUGACUGUGGAUGCAAUUAGUUAUGUACAGAAAGCUCUUCUUCCAGAGCAAACAAAUCCUGAAGCAGCUGCAACAUUUGCUCGAAUGAUAGAAAGUUCACUUAAAAGUUGGUUUACACAGUUUAACUUUUUUUUGCAUAAUUUAGCACAACUCAGAUUCUCGGGCGAUCAUAAUGAUGGAGCAUUAUUGUCUUUCAUACCACGUACAUAUACAAUGCAGCAGGAAGGUCAAUUGACGAGUGUACAAGUACAUGGCUAUCAAAAACGAUAUGAUCCUGAAAAAUAUUAUAUGUAUAUUUUGCGUAUACAACGAAAGGGCCAUGCGGAUCCUACUUAUUUGUUUCGAUCAUAUAAGGAAUUUUGUGAAUUUUAUCAAAAAUUGUGUAUUCAUUUUCCUCUUGCAAAACUUGCUAGCUUACCAAGUGGUAUAAGUGUCGGAAGAUCUAACAUAAAGCAAGUUGCUGAUAAACGACGAGCGGAUAUUGAGAAAUUUCUUGUAAGCUUAUUUAAGAUGGCACCAGAAAUUUCUCAAAGCGAUUUGGUAUAUACUUUCUUUCAUCCUUUGUUAAGAGAUCAACAGAAUGCUGACAUUCAUUUACGUAAAGUAAAAGUUGGUAAUUGGUGGGCUGAGAAACCUGUAAGAGAUAAUGUACAAAGCGGACAAAUUAAAAUGUCUCUUCACUAUACACGUGGAGCAUUUUACGUGAUGGUCUAUCAUGCUAGAGGUUUACCAAAAGUAGCGAAUUGUCAAGAACCAAAUACGUAUGUUAAAGUAUAUCUUAAACCUGAUCCUACAAAGAAAACAAAACGAAAAACAAAGGUUGUGAAGAAAAAUUGUCAUCCUUCAUUCAUGGAAAUGUUGGAGUACAGAAUGUCUCUAGAUGUGAUUAAAGAGAGAACUUUGGAAGCUACAAUAUGGAAUCAUGAUACACUACAAGAAAAUGAAUUUCUUGGUGGAAUACGCUUACCACUUGAACGUCUCGAUUUAACAACUGAAAUAAUUGAGUGGUUCUCGCUUGGAAGUAUUCGAUGAAUAAAUCAUCACAAACGAGAUUUAUUGAGAGCUCAAAAAUAUAAUUCUAUCGCACAAUACUAAUUAUGUAUUCUAUUCUGAUUAUAAUUCUAUAUUUUGAGCAAUAAGAGAAAUAGAGUUUACGUAUGAAUGACAAUGAUACUUGCUUUCAUGUUUAGAAGAAACGCUUUCUGAAGAGUUAGCUAAUAUCGUACAAUUUAUUAUAUAAAAUUAUAUUCAACUAAUGUAACAAUACACAAACAGAAGAGGCAUAUUUCAUAAAAUUAUUCUGCUUUUGCAUUAACUGCCAAAAUAUGAUGAAUGAUAGAUUUCUCAUCUGGAGAAUAUUUAAUUGUGAUAAUGAAUUUCAACUGUGUUUCGACUGUGUUUUACAAAUAUUUGAUAGAAAUAUUUGAUUAUAAAAAGAAAUGGUUUAAGUUUACAGAAUGAAAUUUGUUAGUAAGAUCUUAUGCAAAAUAUUUGUACUAUUUCUACCAGGAGACAUAAUCUCUAAGUAUGAUAUAUAUUAAUAAUUGUAAAUUAAAAUUUUAUUGUGCUACUCUAUUGUAACAGAGUACAAGGUUUCCUAAAUAGCGAGACAGUAUAGAUCUUUAUAAGUGCGUAAUAUAAAUUUUGCUCGAAUAUAAGUUAUUUGCCUACAAUGAAAAGGUGACACAUUUUUUACUUUCAUAUAAAAAUUUUAAAUUAUGUAUAAAAAUCAAAAUAACUAUAUAAAAUAGCAAAAUCUAUAUAAAGGGAAAGUUGCUAUAUUACUGUGUAGUAGGAAUUUUUUAUUUUGUGAAAAAGGAGAAUGAAAUUAUGUAAAUAUGCUUUAAAAUUUACAAUUGUUUUUCGUAAUCAGCUUAUAUAUUGUGAAUAUAUUUUAUGUCAGUUUUUUAGAUAAAUAUAAAAGUAUAGUAUAACGAAAAUAAAGGUUCAUGUUAAUACAUUAUCGACAGGUGAUUAAGUAGUAAUUUGAUUAUACAAGUUGUUAUGUAUGUUACUAUGUUUUUAUCAAUUUUACUUUAUAUAACAAGCUUUCCUUGACAUAUUUUUACUGUGAAAGGAUCGUUACUAUCAUAGUUUAUCACAAAACUAAUACAUACAGACCAUGAAAUAUGAUUAGUCUCCUGUUGUUAAUGUAUUAAUGUAUUAUGUGAUUUCAACCUUAAUUUUUGUUAUAAAUACCAUGAAAUAAUUUAAUAGUACAAGUUGCACCGUUUCAUUACAAUUACAGAAAUUUUAUUAUAAUUGUGAAAAAAAAUUGCGCUAAUGAAAUGUUCAAUCUUUCUUCUUUUGCUUUUUCAUUAUAGAUAUUUCUGCAUGUGCUUUCUAUAAUCUUUAUAUUGUGACAAAAUCAUGUAAAUUUGAAUAAUUUAUUUAUAUUUUGAAUUUACUUAUAGUUCUUUAAUCAUGUGACACAAAUAUAAAGAAAAUUACUUCAAAA